AUGUGCAUAUCUAAUUCCUUUUGGCGGCAUUUCUCUUGUAAUGGUGUAGAUUUCACAGUUACUCGGAAACAUCCCCAACUCAUACAUGGCACGUUUAACAUUGGUAAGGAGUCGGCCUGGGAUUUAUCUGUGGUGUACGGCCAUCCUAACCCCAGUAAGCGUAGAGAUCUUUGGACUGAACUCCGUAAUAUUGAAGAAGGCGGUGUAGGUAGGUGGUGUGUGGGCAGUGAUUUCAAUGCAAUAUUGCACCGGAAUGAGCGAAAAUCUAAAGCUCAUGAGGCAACCGGACCGGACCGCGGCUUUGUGAACUGGUUUAAUAAUAGCGACAUGACAGAUCUGAACUUUCAGAGUCCACAAUUCACAUGGAAGCGAGGACAUGCCCAGAGUCGGUUAGAUCGUGUUGUCGUGAACACAGACUGGUUUGAAACGUUCCCUUUAGCUCUGGUCCUUCAUCUACCUAAAUUAAAGUCGGAUCACUGUCCAUUAUUAAUCAGGCUACGGGAUAAAGGUACUCAGAAAAAAUGUGAUACUAGUUUCAGAUUUUUUGCGCCUUGGACAAUGCAUGAAGAAUUUGAGGCUUUCGUUAAACAGAAUUGGCGGGAUGACUGUCUAUGGGACACAAAUAUUACGAGGUUUACAGCUGAGGUUCAAGGUUGGAAUAAGAAAGUCUUUGGUAAUAUUGAAAGGCGGAAAAUGGCUUUAUAUGCUCAAUUGGACCAACUCAACAAUCUUAAUCUUGAUAGUCCUCUGUGGAAUAAGAAGAGGUGUGAGGUUUGGCUUGAGCUUGAGAAGUGUCUCCAGCAAGAAGAGUUGAUGUGGGUGCAACGUUCGAGAUGUAAUUGGUAUCAUCAUGGGGAUAAAAAUACCAGGUAUUUUCAUACAGUCACUCAAUGUAGGAAAAGAAGGAAGAAUAUUGAAGCUCUUCAAGAUAUGAAUGGGGAAUGGUGCUAUGAUCAAGAAAGUCUUCGUCGUGAAGGUACGAAUUUUUUCCAAAAAUUAUAUACUGUAGAGAAUACUCAGGCUUCUGAAAUUAAUUUUGGUGGGUCUUACCCCAUGAUUCUUGAAGAUAAAAUCGAUGUCUUGGGUUAUAUAGCAUCUCAGCAGGAAAUCAAGCAUGCUUUAUUCAGUAUGGGAUCUUUGAAGGCCCCGGGCCCUGAUGGAUUAAAUCCUCUGUUUUAUCAAAGUCAAUGGAGUACAGUGGGUAAAUCGAUGACUUCUAUGGUUCAAUCUAUUUUCACUACACCUGAUCUGAUAAAGAAUUUUAAUGGCACCAAUAUUGUACUUAUUCCUAAAGUAGAGGUUUGA